AUGGCAUUGUUGACACAGCACGACACAGAGCAACCUACUCCUGCAUCUGCCAGAGCAGGACGAAUCCGCUCGAUAUUACGGAAACCAGCAUCAAACCUCGCCCUGCGCAUCUCGGACCUGGAUCGAUAUCGCCUCAACAUGUGGGAAGUCAGCUGGGCGGCCCCCAAAGAGUCGAGGAAGGAACAUCGCGAAAACAAAGAGUCUGCUCCCAAAAGUGCGUCGCAGACAGGACGAUCCUUGUUCAGUCGGGGAUCAUCUUCGUCGUCGAACGAUAUACCGAUAUUCAGUAACCUCUACAAGAGGAGGAAUAAUGUUGAGACGACAUCACCGACUGCGUCAACUUCCACUUCGUCGACAAAAACCUGUGCGACGGCAAUGGGCAAUUAUGAGCUUGACUCGGAUAGGCUUUCCGUAUUUUCUACGAGCAGUGAGCAAACAACGGUGCAUGUUUCGCAUUUCGUUGAUCUCAAGGAUAGAAAGCAUGGUCAAUUGAUAGACACCAGUCGACCUUUGCCAGAUUCCUAUGACCGCAAUAAUUCACACAACGAUCCCCCUUCACCGACACUGACGACGUCGUCUGCGCCAUGGGAUACAGAUACACUCGAGAACGUCCUGCUACGUCCAUGGCCUCUUAUCCAAACUCUCAGCGAAGACUCUUUCAUCGCCCGAAGCACAGAAGCGUGUUCAAUACCACGUACAUCUUGUGAUAUCCCGUAUCUCAUCAACUGUGGUGUGACUAUUAUGGCGACUUCGAGCGUCAAGUCCAAGUCACGCGGUCGCUCAUCGAGCAGCAAAUCAAAUCCACCACCUCUACCUCCCCGUCCACACAGCAGUCGCUCGUACACUCCUAUGCCCAGAACACCACGGCGCAUGGCGUCCUAUAACAACUCACUAAGAGCCGAAGCCCUAGACAGCUGGAAACCUCCGAAUGAAUGGGGCUGCACGCCUACAGAACCGUCAUUUCAAUUUCCAGACAAUGUCGACUUGCCGGAGCCUGACAUACCAAAGGAACUGAACGCGAUGCAACUCGAUGUUAAGCGUUUAGCGCGAGAGGACAACAUGGCCAGGCUGUUGCGAUUGACCGAGUCUCGUGACAUGAAAGUAUCUCCUAGCUCCAGCCAAGACAUGGAGAUUGAGAAGAUGCAGUGGAUGCUGUCCGCACUAUACAAUAUGGACGGCCCCAAUUACCCCGAGAUCAGCAACGAGAACACAGAGUGUGAACCUUCUGAUCCACCGAAAAAGGUUCUUGCCUUAUAUGAAACACCAGCUGUCACCUCAUAUCUGGCCGCCGUCAACCACAGUAAACAGGUGUAUCAUCUUUCAGCAGCACCUCUGUCUCCCAUAACAUAUCCAAAUAUUCAUCCAGUCCUUUCACCAGUACGAUCACCUUCAGCUUUCCCUGUCGCACCGUCCACCAUCGAAGCUGUCCACUCCUUACGGCUUCCCUUAGUUAUGCCUUCGCAGGAUAUUCCUGCACUAUUGCGAAACAUUCACAGAUGUCUGGAGCCAGGAGGUUCACUGUAUCUUACCAUCAUCGAUCCACUCCCUCUGACGAGCACACUUGGCCCAUUACUCCGAACAUGGAUCGAAGACCACUUACUCUUCAACCUUGAAGCAAGUUUCCGAUGCACUAACCCUAGCAAACUUCUACCUCUGUGGCUGAAGACUGCAUCGCUACUCGUUGAUCCCAAUCUGGUGGAAACAAGUCAAUUUUACGCCAUUCCGCUCGACGAUAGCCAGUUACAGUAUGUGCGAGAUGGGCACGAGUCCGAAGAGGGACUAAGACAGGAGCUUCGCAACAUUGUGGGACGGAUGCUAUGGAUGGAGAUUUGGAGAGAAUACAUCAUCGCUGAUAGCUGGUGGUGGGAUGAUCCGAAUAUUCUUCACGAGUGCUCGCAGUUGCAGACGACAUGGGAAUGGCGGUUGAUUGAGGCUGUAAAGGAUAGUUGA